AUGAGACUCGCCGCCCUCCUCCACACAUCUCUUUUUGCUCUUGCCCUCGCCGCUCCAGCCCAGCAACUUAUCAAACGCUGCCGCGUCUCGCGCGAUGUUAUGGCAUGCUGGGUCGCCUGGGAUCUUUCAGAAUGCGUCGCCUACAUUCCGCUGAAUGUAACUUACGAGUUCGAUGACGCCAACAAGAAAGUUAUCAUCCGAGGGCUUUGCGAGAGCUGCUCACAGGCACUCGCGCUCGAGCGCGCGGCCAGCUGGGACGAAUACUCAAAGUGGUCUUCGAGCUUUGGCGAGGUUCAAGACCUUGGAAACGGGACCUUUGUCAUCACUGAUACAGGGAAGGACUACUUCGAUCUCUUUAGGGGUAUGGAGCCGACGCCGUGGGGGCGUACUUCGUGCUAUUCGUUGGAUGAGUAUGAGUGGGAUUACGAAUAA